AUGGAUCGAAUUACCAAUCCGGCACCAACGCAGCGAUUGACAUCGCCGCCCAGCUCGCCCACGUCAUGGUUGAAGACCAACACGGGCCCCAUGUUCCCCAAAGACCGCGAGCCCGCCAUCCGUGGUGAAAGGCCCCGCUACGACUGGGUGUACGACCAAGCCGUGAAUGCCACGCACGACAAGCUCAACGGUGUCAUGCGCACACAGCUGGACGUCUGGCACUGCCCGAAGACCAACGGCACCCAGCACAUCCUCCACGCCUCCAGCCACAUUGUGGAUACCCCGACGAGGCAGAGGAUUGCACGCUGGUACAACAAGUCGUACCUGGAGUCGCGCGAUUGGCAUUUAGUGGCGAAGGUUGAGGGUGCAUCUACGACGCCGCGGUCGGAUUUGUCAGGCGUGGUUGGCUUCCUCUUCUGA